AUGCGCGGAGCAGUUAUUAUUCUCUAUUUCACCGGUUUGCUGGUUAAAACAUCAAGCGAAAAUGCAACGCAUCAAACGCAAUCAAAAAUUGUCGGAGGACAACCAAUUGAUAUAAUACAUCGGCCCUUUAUGCUCUGUUUACAUAAUUCAUAUGGAUUUCUGUGCGGCGCUAGUAUAUUAUCGAGAACAUGGGCUGUCACUGCUCUCCAUUGUUUAAUCCCGCUCUCAUCACAAUUUUAUGUACGAGCUGGAUCUAAUAAAAUUUAUAAAGACGGAUCUGUGCAUAAGGUGACAAACAUUCAUGUAUACAACGACACACAUCACUCUUCGUUCCUGUCAAUGUAUCAUCACGAUAUCGCGCUUUUUGAAGUGACACCAUCAUUUCGUUUUUCAAGAACCGUUCGACCAAUUCGUUUACCGAGAUCAACCCACAAAAUACAACGUCAACUCUUAGUUUGUGGUUGGGGAUAUAAAAAUAUUGUAGAAAAAAAUAUAGCCAAAACUCUUAUGGGUGUUUACGUGGAAUAUGUUCCAUUUGAAACCUGCAUUGAGGUCUCUUUUGUUUACAAAAUACUCGAAAAAGAUUAUCAUCUAUGCUAUGGAAGUUCAGGAAAGGAUGCCUGUUUCGGAGAUUCCGGAGGAGCAUUGGCUAAUAAAAGGACGAUUUACGGCAUCGUAUCUUUUGGUGAAGGUUGUGGAAAAGUUCCUGGUGUUUAUGUUAAAAUAUCGUAUUAUCUAAAAUGGAUUAAAACUGUAACAAAUUUGUGAUCGCGCAUGUAUAAUAGAUAUACACAUUCAACUACUUUAUUCUUCUUUAUUAGUUUCUGCGUUUUAAUAAAUCUCUCCCAACUUUUAAUCGACUAACUAUUAAUAAUAAUUAUCGAUGAUGAAAGAAAAAGUUAUGUAUGGGUCUUUUGCACUUGUGUUGCGAUUCGCGUAAGUAUAGAGAUAAAACCGAAAUAAUUAUUCGACACAUCGCGCCAUUGAAAGCCUCAUGUUCUUAUCCGACAGGUUGAAAGUAUUGUUUUCCAGAGAAUAGGCACAAAAGGCGUAUCGAAUCACGAAGUCGUGAACCCUACUGCGUUCAGGUUCGAUGCUUGCAGGAAGUCCACCACAUACACGUGCUGCGCAAGAGCGUCGCGCACGCCUGCACGCGACGCACGUACAUUUGCUCGUGCAGGGCUGAAUAAAAGAUAUACGUGACUACGUAACAAAUAUCUAACUUUACGUGAUGAAGAUAUUUUUCGAUAAUAUUAAAUGUGUAUUGCUUCUGGCUUCUGCAUACGUUCAUCAUGAUACAAAAAUUAACAAAUCAAUAGCAAUAAGUUAAAGUACGAUACUUGAAAAGAUUGUCUGUGUGCGUAAUGUAAUAUUGUACAUUUUUAAUACUAUA